AUGAUGCAGAUUCCUUUACCUGAAAAAUUCGACACAUACACCGAUGAAAAUCAUUCUGUUCGAACCACAGCAAGUCUUUCUCCUGAAUCUCAAUAUAUCCAGUCAGUGUGUCUUUACUGUGGCAAAUCUAAAGGAACCCUUGUACCUCUCCCAACUGGAAAUCUCGCACAUGUAUUUUGCAGAGAAAAUCGUCCAUGCUGCAUUUGUGGUACUCCCCAUAUGUGCCUACAAUGCAAGCAGCCAGACUGCCCCCAAGUAUUUCAUCCUUUUUGCCUUAAAAGGCUUGUCCCUUCACUUUCAUCCGUCGACCAAAUGGCCUAUUGCGAUCUUCAUUCUUUAAACAUAGCCAAGAAAAAAAGAUACCUGAAGAUUGGUUCAGCAAAGCAAAUUAUCAAUAAGAUCGGAAUCAAUGAAAACGUCUUAAGAAUAAUAAAGGCAGCGCAAGGCAGGCAUAAACAAGAAAACGUUUGCUCAGGAAAUUUGUUGUGGCUCAACAUUGGGAUUCAAUACUUUUGAAGUGAAGCAAGCACAUGCAGCCUCCCAAUUCUGGAGGUCAAAGAAGACAAAGAACUGAGGUUCCGCAGCCCUAAAAGCGAUAAUUUUGUUGAAGAUUUGAUAGAAAAAUACGAAAAAAAGCUGCAAGACUUAGAAAAAGAAAAAAAUCGCCUUUGGCCAGUCAGAGGGGCUUGUGAAGAGGAAUCAUUUAUUGAGUCUCCAUAUGAUUAUAUUUUCAAUGAAAUUAAAUCUCUUAAAUUCAGAGAAGAGCAUGAAAAUUUUUUAAAAUAUGUUGAGUCGAAAUCCAAGCAAAAUAUAGUUGAAGACGAAGCUAUACAAAGUAAAUGUAAAGACGAGGUGGAUUUGUUAUUCAGCGAAAACUCCAACCAAUCGGCAGCAGGGGAAGGAAAAGAAGUGAAUAAAGAAGAAAAAAAUAAGCCAAAGUCAGAUAAUGAUUAUAUUUGUGAAGUAUGUGGAGAUGGGGACUAUGAAGAUGACGAUUUAAUUGUAAUUUGCUCAAAAUGUGAUAUGGGAGUUCAUACAAAGUGCUAUGGAAUUGUUACUGUGCCUGAAAAUGAGUGAUAUUGUAAAGCUUGUGAAGAAAAUGUUGACCAGAAAUCAUUAAGAUGUGCACUAUGUCCGAUUAAAGGAGGAGCGUUAAAACCUACAAUUAAUUCUACAGAUUGCUUUGAUAAAUACCCAAAUUAUGACUGGUAUUGCGACUCGAAAACAAUUUGGGUCCAUUUAUACUGCAUUAUGAGCAUUUCCCCUUCGUCGGUUGGGGACAAAAUCUCUAUGUCAAAUAUAGAUAUAUCAAAGAUUGACAAGCAAAAAUUCACACAAAAAUGCAGCAUCUGCAAUACAUCGAACGGUGCUUCUAUUGAAUGCCAGCAGUCAAAAUGCUCUACUACUUUUCAUCCUUUUUGCAUAAAAACGAAGCUACAAAGCACGGGCUAUGAUGAUGACAGUUCGUAUUGUCUUAAACAUAAGCCUUUAAAGCUGAGAAAAUUAAUUGAAAAUAAAGAUAAAAAGGUUAUACAGACCAUAAUGAGCAUUAGCAUGAGGACGAAUUAAAGAUUAGGGUCUUCCUCCUUUUACGUCUCAAUCGAGACGAGUCUUCAUAAAAGACUUGUUCAGCUACUAGCAACCUUCCUGGGUAUGUUAGCAUUCCGCCAGAGAUAGCUCUCCUCCUGCUUUCGGCCUGGUUAUUAAUGCUGUUUCGGAACCUUGGAGUACGCAGGUUUGGGACGUGACAGCUGCUGCUUGAAUGACUAGAGUUCCAGCUCGGGAUAAACUCUGCUUCCUGCUCGGUUUUGCUUCAAGCCGCAGCAAGAUCCCCAAACUCGAAACAGACCCGGGAGAGGACGGCCGGUGAAGUCGCCAUUUUAUUUGUGGAGACCAUAAUGAGCUUCACUAAGAUAUAUGAGAAGUCUGGAAAUAAAGUCCAAAGGGCAGAGCCAGUUGAAACUGCAAAGAAAAAAUUCCAAAAUGGGAAGCCUUUUAAUUAUGAGGAAAAAGCUUUGCUACUUUCGACAAUUGAAGAAAGACUUCAAGAGGAAAAGAAAGAUGGGUUCAGCUUUGUGUUUAAAGCAAAUCAGCCACAAAAAAGCUUAAGGUGUAAAAUUGAUACGAGCUGUCCUUAUUGGUUUACACUGAUAGACCCACAGAUUAUUAUAGCUGAAAAGCUAACAAUUCCAGGGAGGAAGCCAGAGGACUGUUUAAAAUGUUACACAGAUUUAAUAUGCCUUUUAGAGAUACUAAUAUUUUUAUUUAUAAUGCUGAAUCUAUAUGUUUUACAGAGAUAGGCUAUUAAUUAUUUGUAUCAAAGUAAUGAAUCAUUUUAAAUGUUAGUACUUCCUCUUCUCAAAAAAGAGCUACAUAUUCUCCAGCGUCCGAAGAACGUAUUUAAACUUUCAAAUAAAGGAAAAAAGAGACCAAGGGCCGAAAGAAAAACCAAACGAAAGGCCAGCCCACUCUUACUCCAUUAGAACUAAAAAAUCUAUAAAAAUUUAAUGUAAUUUGAAAAAAAAAUUAUGGAAUUUAUAGAUCUAAGCCGCUAACUAUGUUAAAUAGUAUUCUGCAUUAGUCUCCCUUUAAAUAGAUAAAGUUUGGUAAAUUUUAUAUUUUAGCAACGUUAAAUAGUAUUAAGCUUAUUUACGUAGAAAUAUUAUUUUAACUAUAAAAAUCACCAAAAAAUUAUUUUUUUCCUCAAUUUAGAGUGGGGAGUUAAUAGUAGAUCAGCCAGUUUUAGAUGAAAUUGUUACUGAAGAACUCCAUUGCAUUUGCAGAAAACCUUUUAUAGAGGCAGCACCUCAGAGACCUGGAGAAUCAGUAGAGGACUGGGAAAAAAGGGUUGCUGAGAAUGAAAUGAUUUUGUGCGACCAGUGCGAAAGUUGGUAUCAUUUAAAGUGUCUAGGAAUCAAACCUACUCAAGUCCCAGAACACUUUUUCUGUUCAAAAUGCAACCCAAAACGAACUGAACUGUGUGUAUAG